GGGGGGAGGGGGCGGGGGGGCCGUGCCGCGCGAGCCGUUGGGCCUGACUCUGAGAAGGCGUCGCCGCCGCCGCUGCCGCCGUUGCUGCCGCCAGCUAAUAUUAGGAGCGGGAGCGAGCACAGCGUGGCGAUGGGCGGGGGUAGAGCCCCGCCGGAGAGGCUGGGCGGCCGCCGGUGACAGACUGUACUGUACCCGAGGUGCCUCCUGCAUGUCCUGCUGCCCUGAGCUGUCCCAAGGUAGGUGACAGCGUGUUAAUGCUGCCACCAUGAAUGAGGUUUCUGUCAUCAAAGAAGGCUGGCUCCACAAACGUGGUGAAUACAUCAAGACUUGGAGACCCCGGUACUUCCUUCUGAAGAGUGAUGGCUCUUUCAUUGGGUAUAAGGAGAGACCUGAGACCCCUGACCAGACCUUACCCCCCCUGAACAAUUUCUCUGUAGCAGAAUGCCAGCUGAUGAAGACUGAGAGGCCACGACCCAACACCUUUGUCAUACGCUGCCUGCAGUGGACUACGGUCAUCGAGAGGACCUUCCAUGUAGACUCUCCAGACGAGAGGGAAGAGUGGAUGCGGGCCAUCCAGAUGGUCGCCAACAGUCUGAAGCAGCGGGUCCCAGGUGAGGAUGCCAUGGAGUACAAGUGUGGCUCCCCCAGUGACUCUUCCACGUCUGAGAUGAUGGAGGUGGCUGUCAACAAGGCACGGGCCAAAGUGACCAUGAACGACUUCGAUUAUCUCAAACUUCUUGGUAAAGGCACCUUUGGCAAAGUCAUCCUAGUGCGGGAGAAGGCCACUGGCCGCUAUUAUGCCAUGAAGAUCCUGAGGAAGGAAGUCAUCAUUGCCAAGGAUGAAGUUGCCCACACGGUCACUGAGAGCCGGGUCCUGCAGAACACCAGGCAUCCCUUCCUUACUGCCCUGAAGUAUGCCUUCCAGACCCAUGACCGCCUGUGCUUCGUGAUGGAGUAUGCCAACGGGGGUGAGCUGUUCUUCCAUCUCUCUCGGGAGCGAGUCUUCACGGAGGAUCGGGCCCGAUUUUAUGGUGCGGAGAUCGUGUCAGCUCUUGAGUACUUGCAUUCGAGAGAUGUGGUAUAUCGUGACAUCAAGCUGGAAAACCUCAUGCUGGACAAAGAUGGCCACAUCAAGAUCACUGACUUUGGCUUGUGCAAAGAGGGCAUCAGUGAUGGGGCCACCAUGAAAACCUUCUGUGGUACCCCGGAGUACCUGGCGCCUGAGGUGCUGGAGGACAAUGACUACGGGCGUGCGGUGGACUGGUGGGGGCUGGGCGUGGUCAUGUACGAGAUGAUGUGUGGCCGCCUACCCUUCUACAACCAGGAUCAUGAGCGCCUCUUUGAGCUCAUCCUCAUGGAGGAGAUCCGCUUCCCACGAACACUUGGGCCAGAGGCCAAGUCCCUGUUGGCUGGACUGCUGAAGAAGGACCCUAAGCAGAGGCUCGGCGGAGGGCCCAGUGAUGCGAAGGAGGUCAUGGAGCACAGGUUCUUCCUCAGCAUCAACUGGCAGGAUGUGGUACAGAGAAAGCUCCUGCCACCCUUUAAACCUCAGGUCACUUCUGAAGUGGACACAAGGUACUUCGAUGAUGAGUUCACCGCCCAGUCCAUCACAAUCACACCCCCGGACCGCUAUGACAGCCUGGGCUCGCUGGAACUGGACCAGCGGACACACUUCCCCCAGUUCUCCUACUCGGCCAGCAUCCGAGAGUGAGCAGCCCUCUGCCACCACAGGACACAAGCAUGGCCGCCGUCCACUGCCUGGGUGGCUUUUUAAAGAAAACUUUCUUUUGCCUUUUGGUUUGUGUUCCCUUCUCUGUUCCCCUCACUUCCAUACCCAGUUUCUACUUCAGUUCUUGCCCAACCUUGGCGGUCCUGGCAGCCCUUUCUUCCAGUCUCCCUCUGUUUCCAGAUGAGUGCUAGGGACCUGCCCAAGGGUGGGCUGUCGGGAGGAUGGAGAGAAGUUGUAUCACCACAGCCUCCAGAAGGGUGAAGUGGGGAACCAUGGGGCCACCUGGGUUUGUGGGCAAGCCAUCAGAGGCCACAUCUGGAUGAAACCUGCCCCACCCAGCACCCCAGAUUCCUUCUAUGCUGUCAUCUGGGUAGUCUAUCUGCUGCCACCUCACCUGGGGCAGAAAAAGCAAUAAUGUCCAGGGACAGGCAGAGGCCUUUGGAAGCCGAGGGAUCUGGGUUUGGCUCCAUGGAAAACGGAGCCAAGUCCUUGGGUCUUGGUGGGGGGAACCAGGACCAGGAGCUGCCUCCUGAACCUGCCUCUUUCUCCCAAGUUGCUCUCUUGAUUCUGGAUAGAGCAGGAGGAACAUUUGGGGGCCAGCCCUCCUGCCUACAGCUCCGUGCCUUACCAGGCCUUCCUUCUAGCCAGCCUUGCCUCCCACUGGGCUCUAUCCCCUUUGGAUGGCUCAUUUUCUGCCUGGGGCAGAGGGAAGCCAACCUUGGCUGUUACACGUCUUACACCGAGACAGUAUUGGGCCCCUUGGACUUGACUGAAGUCUGAGAGGGGACAGAGAUGGGGACAGGUAUCUCUGGUACACAUUGGGAUGGGGGCCUCCUCAUCUCCAGGGCCCCUGUUCUGGAGCCUUAAAUUGAAUGUGUGAGUGAGUCUGUGUCAGUGUCGUGGGUGCCAGUGUGCACCCUGCUCUAGCAGUGAGCAUCUCAGUUUCCUGGGAUGCAGGUGCCCACAGCUGUAUGCAGCACAUGUGUGAGUGGGCUCAGGCCUCAACCCCAGCCUGAGUGUUUGAUCCCAUGGGGUACAGCGGGUGCAAGGGGUCCACCUGCUGCUCUGGCCAUGUUUCCCCAUCCCCAAUAUCUCUGGGUGUUUGGAAUUGAGUUUUCCUGGUUUUACUUUCCCACCCCUCCCCCCUCAGACUAGGUGGUUACAAAAAGGCAGUAGGGUGGGGGUGGGCAGGGAUGGUAUGGGGUCGUCUGUUUUUUCCUUUUUAUGUGUGUAUGUUUAUCUGACAGUUCUCUCCCAUCCCUACUGGCCUUUCCUUACUCCUCAUAUUUGUACGGUACAAGCAAUAAAGACACUCAUUUCAGACCAGG